CCCCCCCCCCCCCUCCCCCCCCCUUCGCCCCCGUUCACGCGAUGGCACACGUCGGGCACCACGUCGGGCACCACGCCCACCACGUCCCGGCCGCGCCGGCGGCCGACGCCAAUGCCGUCAUCCUUGCGACGGCCGGCUACGGCGACAAAAUCCGCUUCUGGGAGGCCCUAAGCGGCAUUUGCUACCGGACCAUCCAGCACACGAACUCCCACGUCAAUGCUCUGGCCAUCACCACCGACAAGCGGUUCCUGGCGGCCGCCGGCCACGGGUCGGUCCGCCUGUAUGACCUCGUCCAUCCGACCAACAGCCCGAUCUUGGCGCUGGACGCCGCACACCCGAAUGCGAAUGUCACGGCCCUCGGCUUCCAGCGCGAUGGCGCCUGGAUGUUUACCGGCAGCGAGGAUGGCACGGUGCGCGUGUGGGAUUUGCGUGCGCCCCCGGGCAGCGCGGCCGGGGCCUCCUCCGGCGGCAGCGGAGCCGGGGCCUCCGGCGGCGGUGCCCCGAGCGCCGGUUGCCAGCGCAACUACUCCCACCGCGGGGGCGCGGUCAACUCGGUCGUCCUGCAUCCGAAUCAGGCUGAGCUGGCUAGCGGCACUCAGGCCGGCAGCAUCAAGAUCUGGGACCUGACAGCGAACGCCUGCUCGCAUGAGCUGGUCCCGGAGGAGCAUACGCCCAUUCGCUCGCUGCACAUCAGCGCCGAUGGCGCGCACCUGGCCGCGGCCAAUGAUGGUGGCCGGACAUAUGUCUGGCGCUUCUACGAGCGCCCUCCCCAGGCUAUGGCCCUGCCAGACCAGCCGCCCGAAGCGGCGGAGCUCAUCCCCCUGGCCGCGGUUCAGGCCCACAACCGGUACAUCCUCCGGUGCCUGUUUAGCCCAGAUGUGAGGUAUCUGGCCACCACCUCGGCCGACCAUACUGUCCGUCUGUUUGACGUGGCCAACAACUUCACCCAGGUCCGGCCGCCGCUGACUGGGCACCGGCGCUGGGUUUGGGACUGCGCAUUCAGUGCUGACUCUGCCUACCUUGUCACCGCGAGCUCUGACAAGACCGCCCGGCUGUGGGACCUGUCAACCGGCGAGACAAUCCGCACAUACACUGGACACGAGAAGGGAUGUACCUCGAUCGCGCUCAACGAUUAUGGCCAGUAAAUACGCCGCGCCUCUCCACGCCUU